CUGCCAUUCUGGCAUUACGUCAAUGGUGGAGGUCUCAUUGGUUUGGGAGGAGUUGCUGUGACCGCCAUUGCUUACGACUCUCCUCGUCGUAUUACGGGAACGUAGUGAGAAUCCCGAAUUUAUCCGCAUUCCUCCCCCCCGUGGCGCGUGUCGUGGCCGAGAAGAGCCGUUUACUUCCGGGUGUAUAGAUCUCGUUCGCGCGGACCACAGACGGAUCCCGAUCAGCCGACGCGUUCCUCAGCGUAGCAUGUCCACGAUGAAUCCCGAGUACGAUUAUUUGUUUAAAUUGCUUCUAAUCGGAGAUUCUGGCGUUGGAAAGUCCUGUCUCUUGUUGCGCUUUGCCGAUGACACAUACACGGAAAGUUACAUCAGCACGAUCGGCGUGGAUUUCAAGAUUCGAACUAUCGAUCUAGAUGGAAAGACGAUAAAGUUACAAAUCUGGGAUACAGCGGGUCAAGAACGGUUCAGAACAAUCACGAGUUCUUAUUAUCGAGGUGCACACGGUAUUAUUGUUGUUUACGACUGCACAGAUCAGGAGACUUUUAACAAUGUAAAACAGUGGUUGGAAGAAAUCGAUCGUUACGCCUGUGAUAACGUCAAUAAGCUGCUAGUCGGCAAUAAAUGUGAUCUACAUACUAAAAAAGUAGUGGAUUAUACAACGGCCAAGGAAUACGCUGAUCAACUCGGUAUACCAUUUUUGGAAACGUCCGCGAAGAACGCGAUGAAUGUAGAGCAAGCUUUUAUGACAAUGGCCGCGGAAAUAAAACUCAGAGUGGGCCCACCGUCGAGCGGAGCGAGCGAUCCGGCCAACAAGGUGAAGAUAGAGCACGGGCGUCCAAUCGAAUCUUCUAAAUCUGGAUGCUGCUGAGAACUGUAAUCGUGCGUCUUGUUUAACCAAAAACAUCUCUAAUGUGGUUGCGGUCCGGGUACUGCAAAAAUUAAACUUAUUACCGCAAGUAUAAGAACGAUACAUGGAAGUUUUAGUUUACUCCAACAGCAAAAAAAAAAAACAAAAGAAGGGAUAAAAGAAUCUAACACACACACUCAUGGACCACCAACUCUUCCUCGGAGUUGUACGAAAAAGAAAAAGAGAACUCAUGUCCGCCUGCCCUAAAAUUUUACGUUUUUCUGUAGUUAUCUUUCUUUCCAAAGAAGAAAAGACGAUGGUUAAUCAACGCCAUUUUCUAGUAUAAAGUUCGACCUUAGAUAAAUUUGUCGAAUUAGUAUUGAGUAACGUCGAGCGAGAGAGUGUAGGUGUGCGUGUAAUGAGGGGUGGGAGGGGAGGACAACUCGGGGUCUUGAGGGAAGUAAAUUGAAUUAAUACUGCGUACGGUGGUUACUACUUGAUAAGCACUUUAAUUUUUUUUCUUUUUUAGCCUAAUUGUAAUAUGUACAAUAGAGAUAUGUGUUUUGGCUCUACGGCCAAUUUCUAUUCCUCUAUACAAAUAAUCCAAAUGACGUUUUCUCAUGUUCUUUGUUUCGUUCUCUAUUUUGUUCUUCUAGAUGCGCAAGAGGGCUAGGUCAUUGUUUUUCUUUCCCUAGUGAAAUUCCGCACAAGCAACGCGAUACCCCCCUUUCCUUUCUCACUGCUCGUUUUAUACGUAUGUAUAAUAUAUAUACUUAUCGUGUAUAUUAUACAUAUGUGUAUAUAUAUAUAGUGUAAUUUAAUAACAAUAAAUAUUUCAAUGCUAACUCGGAGCGCAUACGUGGCGUACUUUAUACAUAUAUAUAAAAAUAUACAUAUAUAUAUAUAUUUUACAUAUAUAUGUACAAUGUAUCUGAGAGAUGUGCCGCUCGCGUGGGCCCCCAGAGCCAAACGACGGAGCGGCGAAGUCUCCGUUUUGCGUUUACCUAAAUUUUAUCGCUUAUCCUCGUCGUGCUUUCUGUUUUUACACACGGUUCAAAAUGCGAUCCGAGAGUCUACAACAAAAAAAAAAAAAAAAAGAAAAAAAACUGCGAAAUCUGCGAAACCAGCAGCUUCGAUCGAGCGGAAGAAAAAAAGCGAGGAUAUUUUAUACGAGUUAAGAGAUAUUACAGUUACAUGUAAUCCAAAAAUAAUAAAAAAAAAUCGUAGCUUUGUAUCGUGAUGAAAGGGCUAUUUGUGACGGGUAUACGAUAUAAUGGCAUUUCGAAAAGUUACAGAUAUAGUAACUGUAAUUAUAUAUAUAAAAGUACGGAUGAAUAAACAGACUAUCUAAACGGAAA